GGGGCGGCGGCGCUGCCCGUGGCCAGCCCGUGGCGGCAGGGCCGCGCCGGGGGCUCCCAUUAAACGCCGCCGGGGCGGCUGUGGCGGGAGGCGGCGAUGGCGCUGACGGCGGAGAGGCGGCGGCAGGAGCUGGACAACGGCUCCUUGGAAAUAACACAGAGCUUGGAAGAUGAUCCUCUGCUGGAUGCACCACUUAUUUCAUCUCAUACAUUGCAUUCCCAGCUGAGGCCAAGAUUUCAUUCUAUCCCAGCAGUUCUCCUUGCCAAUUUCCUGUUGCUAAUACAUGUUGCUUUUGUAGUUCUAUCAUUUUUAGCAGCUAUGUUUUGUUCUUACCCCAAUCCAAACCAAGACAAGUGCCCUGGAAACUACACUCACCCACUUAAAGUGCAGACUGUCAUAAUAAUUGCAAAGGUAGUUCUGUGGGUUCUGCAUGUCUUUUUUGAACGAUAUGUCGAGCACCACCAUGGCAGAGUCAGAAGAAGAGGUUACUUCUCCAUAUACCGAUCAACAAGGCAUCUGAAAAGGCUUCCACUGCUGAUACAUGCCACAGGUAAUACAGCCCUGCUCUUGAUUCUGUCAGUGCAGCAUUCCUUUCCUGAUCACAGCAAAGUGUACCUAUAUCUUAUCCUGGGAGUCCUGAGCCUGGAGAUGAUUAGUUCCCUGACAUGCUUAGUGAUUUACACAGUGAAAAUAAGCAACUUCAAUCGUGCCAAGCCAAGACCUGACAUAAUUGAAGAAGAGAAGAUGUAUGCCUACCCUAGUCACAUUACCUCAGAAAUUGGAUUCAGGGAAAAUUCCAGUUUAGAAGAGAUAGUUGAGAAGCAAGGAGAUGUAAUAGAGUAUCUUCAGCGACACAAUGCACUGCUCAGCAAGAGACUGUUGGCGUUAACGUCUCAGCAAAUCAAAACUUAACAGCGUUUGGAAAACUGCUGCUGGAGCUCUGGAGGGGAACAUGAAGUAAUGUAAUAUCCAGACUGAUUUGUACAGAUGUGACUCUUCAAUCAUCUUUCAUGUUUUGAAAUAGAAGUUAAGCUGGAAGGAUAAGCUCUGCAUACACUAUGAACCUAUUACAACUGGACGCUCUGGCUCUCUUCAAAUCAUCAGUUCUACAGAAAAGUACUGCAGCUUCAAGGCUUUUUAAUUCCUCAUAAGUUCAAGUUGGACCUGAGUUAAUGGAUUAACUUUGCCCAGUUGUUGCUAUUAUUUUGUAUUGCUGUGUAACCUUUAAGCUUCAGGCUACCAAAGUAUUUUAUAUUUCUGGAAUACAACUUCGUUCUCUAGAAAAAUCUGACUUUCCAAGGGAUGUAUAUGCAGUUUCUAUUGCUGAAGCUGAGACUAGAUAUGUUCUGUCACUGAUUUCCUUUACUUCCAGAGAUAGAGGUGGUGUACUUCAGUAAUCCAAUACAGAUACUUGUUUUCUAGAUGUCUCCUUUUCUCCUUCGUCAGGUAAGUGGAGAAAUUUGGCAUCUAACUUAGGAUUAUAAAAAAAGUGGUGGGUGUUCUAAAACUGUAAAUCUCACAUGCAAGUUUGUGGUACAAAAACCAUGCCAUGAUAAGCAACUGUUCAGAAUUCUGGCUUUAAAACUUAAGAGGGAUCCUCAGGGCUGAUGACUAUCCCACUACUAAGAGUUUGUGUUAGUAACAAGACUCCUACCCUGCCAAUUGAGCUAACAAAAUAAAAAUACUUGAGCAUAAACUUUUCCAUUGAUCCGGUAACUAACUUGUGUUGAAUGCUUUUAAAGAUGUUGUCAAAAAUGCCUGUUAUAUACUUGCUCUUCACUUUGGCCCUUCAAAAAAGUCAGCAUCUUGAUUCAAAAGCUGAAAUGGUGUAUGUGGGGAAGUGGAAGACAGCAGAAGACAGAAAGGUCUUUUAGAAGUUGAAUAAACAAGAAUUCUUUGUUUUAAUUUAUGGUGAAUUAAGGCUGGUGAAAGAAACAUUUUGUUCUGGGUACUAUUUUGUCUACCAGUGUAGACAAAGAAUUAUUUUAGAAGCCAAUACCUCUGUGGGGAUAGGGUAAUCACUAAUCAAAACUGGGAAGAAGACUCUCAAGAGGAGUGGUCUUGUGGUUGAAUAUAAAAAAGGAAAAUUAAUUCAUCCUACUUUGGUGUUAGGGCACAACUUUAGAAGUACCUAGACAGUUUCGUGUGCAACAAAUAUGGGGGUUGUCUCAUUCAAAAGAAAACAGAAAAUAUUGGAGGUUUUGCUGCUAUCCAACACUAGACUGUUCUCCAUAGCUGUUGUUUCUUGAAAAUGCAGCCAUUUUAUAGUAUACAUGUAAGGAAUAAAGUUAUUUGUUUUUAGAACUCAGGUUUUGAUGUGAUUGUGUAUGUCAAUUUAUAUAAUUUCUAUGAAAAGCAGUGAAAUGUGACUGUGAAGUUCAUGCACAAUAAAUGCAACCAAGGAAGAGUGUGAAUUCUGUUAUUUCCAAGCUCAUGUACAUCUGGUUCCAACAGGCAAUCUGUGCAGAUUUUUGUUAUGCUGAAGUUCUCACAGCAGUGUUGGCACUUAAGACUAGCCAAACAAGGAUAGCUAUGCACUUGUUUUGAAGCUUUAAAUUCUGUUUUAUUCCCCUUUAUAGGGAAUGGUUUUAUGGGUCUUAUGGGGAAUGGUUUUUCCAUCGUGCUUCAGCCUUCCCCUGCCACUUGUGUUUCUUUCCAACACUGAGAAGAAGACUGCAUAGUGUAGCAGAACAGCUUUCCUUUGUUUUGGGGUCGUUACUCAAACCUUCCUCUUCUCCUCUCUGACUGCUCAAGGUAAACCUUGGAUUUACCAGUAGUGUUGCUGUCUGUGGAACAUGGUAGCUGGAAAGUAAAGCAAGUAUGGUUUGCUGUGUGCACAUAUGUACAUCUGCUGCCCUUUAAAUGUUACCUUUCUAAGUUCGCAAGUGAUAACAAAUGAUAACAAGCACCCACCCCUUGCCCCAGGGGUAUCGUACUCCCAAUUGUAUCUUGUUUCGUAGUAUCUUUAAGCUUUUUCUUUGGGCAGGGUGGAGGCUUUUCACAUUUGUAUAGGUUCCAACCAGAAGCUAGUAAUCUUUGCUACUCACCCUGAACACCUGAACUUCUGGCCAUGGUAGAGCUACAGUGAAUUGUCAAGUAGGAGCUGCUGCUGUGUGUGGCAGGCCCAAGCCCCUUGUCUGCAGCAGGUGGGCCAAGGCCAGCCUUGUUUGGAGGCAGAAAUGCUCCCCAGCCCCCAGGUUCUGCUGUGCUGCCUGUCCCAGUGAAUGGUGUGGUGUUGCUGGGUUCGUGGGCCUGGGCACCUGCCUUCUCCUGGCCACCUUGCCCAUGGCUGAGCUCAGUGGUCUGCAGAAGGGGACUGCAGAGCUGCUCAGGGGGCCUGUGUGCAAUCAGCUGCUUGAAAGGCCACAUGAAAGGGGCGAAUGGCUGCUGCUGUACAUGGGAGAUGAAGCUCAGCUGUGACCUUGCUGUGCUAAAUGUGACAUGCCACAGUGCUAAAUUGAACAAUGACUCCUAAUUGUUCUGGUUCUGCUGUAUCCUGCUUGUCAGACAUCUCUCUGCUGCUGCAAGGUUGGGUGCUGGGGUGGCCAGUGCCAUCCACCCCCAGUGGACUGCACUGAGUGCCUGUCCCUGCAGUGUCAGCACCUGCUCAUGGGCUGGAUUGUAUGGUCUGAAGAUAAAUCCGAGGUGUGCUGUGCAUGCAGUAAGCACUGGAGCAUUGGGCCCAAGUUUGAGGGGCAGAAAUAGGUGCUGUGUGAGCACAGGGGUUUACACAUGCUCUGCUGGGAAGUAGUGCUUUGCUAACCACCAACACAGCUCUGCUCUGGUGAGAUGUGGCAAACCCACAUGUUCAGCUGUGCCUGUUACUCUGCACAGCUGAAGUGAUACUCUUUAUGUAACUACAGCUGCUGAAAUUAUAUUUGCAGGUCUUUGUAAGAUCUACUGGCUUGUAGCUGGGGCAGCAAGAAGAUAACAAAAGUGAAGGAAUGUUUCCUAAUAUAUGUUACAACUGUACCUUAAAAUAAAAAUUUAAAUAAUGUAUCAUUAUUUUAUCCUCUUUUCUAUUAUUCGGUGUUACCCCCGUAGCUUUUUAUUUCUGUAAAAAAACAAUAUAUAUGUUGUUUAUGUCUGAGAAAAUAAGUGUUUUGUACCACCUAAGGAAUAUAUUGGGUUGUCUGAAAAAUGUUCCCAUUGUUGGGUUUUAA